GAAGAAGAGAAAAUGAGCAUGGAGAAAAAGAUUUGGGAGCUAGACUCCAGCAUCCAAUCGACCUUCCUCAUGUUCGUCCUCCCCUAUUUCUGUAUUUCUCUUCACCCUUACAUGAGGUCCAAUGCACUCUAGUAUGAUUUGGAUAAGCAAUUAGAUCAAGUUGGAGGAUCAAGAGGAAUAUUACUAGAAGAUCACGAUGAGUCGUUUAUUAAACGAAGCCAUUGGAGAAAUCUUCGCCCAAGCAUGCACAUAUACCCAAAACAGCCUUGUGAUGGUGCCAACCGCCUCUGGGCCGAAUCCAUCAAGUCAUGUUGAAGUUUUUGGAAGAUGUUACUUGUGGGCCAAGAAAGUUGAAACUAGAGGAAAAUCUAAGGCGAUGAUGACUACCGCUGAGUCGCCACUAGCCCAAGCAAGUCGAAUCUUCCUCUCUUCUCCUGCCAAAGAUAAGUCUAUGUUAUGCUCCUUAAUAGCCCAGUAGGUGCGAUGUUCUAAUUCCAGUAGCAGAUGGCAGCUUUCCAAUAUACCAUUCGAUAGGGUGAAAUUUCUAUGGGGUUUUUGUAUGAUGUUCAUAGGCCUAAAGAGCA